GAGGAUCCACCUGAACGCAGAAGACUGCAAUGAGCUGGGCCGAGGCCCGGACGGCACCAGUGUCCUCAGCCAGACCAGGCCUCUUCCCAGCACCCCCCCGAACAGGCGGCCACACCCGAGGACGCCCACCAAGAAACGAAAGCUUGGUACUCUUUCAUCAAUCUUGCCUUCCUUCUUCUUUCAUAUGGCUGUGCUGUUGUUCACCUAGACUCUGGAUAAGCCUCCCGCUUACCCCCGCACCAAUUUUACGCACUUAAUGUAUGUUGUACGUCAAGGCAUUUAGGCCCAAUCCCAUUUCUACCCCUUACCCCUUCCCCUUACCACUCCCCCUUGUUUUGAAGGGGUAAGGGCUAACGCCUUCCCCUUACCCCUUCCCUCUUCCCCUUCCCUCUUCCCCUUACCCCUUCAAAACUAGGGGGAGGGGUAAGGGGAAGGGGUAAGGGAUGGAAAUGGGAUUGGGCCUUGAUGUACACACUUAUUGUAUGUAUGCCGGUCCUGGCACGUAACGUAUGCACUUGUUGUCUGUUGUACGUCCUUGCACUUAAAAAUAGCAUCGUGUAGCAUCUUAUCCUUGCUAGCUAUAUUAAGUUAUAUAAAGGGAAGGGCGAUAUAUUGUUCUGACAAAUGAACUUAUUGUAAGUCGCUUUGGAUAAACGCGUCUGCUAAGUGCCCUGAAUGUAAAUGUAAUUUAAUUCCGCACCUUCCCUCUCUACUCCAUGUCGGACAGAGAGUCCCUCCAAGCAGCAGAAGAGCAUGAAUGACUUCUACCAGGUGACCGGCGUGGUCAGUUCCAGCCCCCAGAAGGGGUCCCAGCAGCCCAGCUCCUCGCGCGACGGAGGGGGUACCACCCCACCUCCACCAGCGGGGUCGGGGGCGGAGCCAGGGAGGAGUGGAGACCCCGGGGACGACGACGACGACGACGACGACGACGACGACGUUAGCCUACUGGCCGCUCUGGCUCAGGAACAUCCUGAGACGGAGAAGGGGGAAGGGGAGGAGAUAGACCACCUGGAGGGAGUCACGUCGGAGAUGUUCGACGACACUUUGUUCGAAUGCGCCGCCGCCAGAGACUCGACCAAUCAGAAAACAGGGGGGCGGGAUCUCGGGGAGGAGGAGGAGGAGGAGGAGGAGGAGGACGAGGGGGUGGAGCCGCUUCCCGACGCCCACUACGGGCUCCUGGGCAGCAGCAACAGGGGCCUCCAGGAGCCGCAGGGUCGCAUGGAGGACCUCCCCGAGGAGGUGGUCCGACUGAUCCUGCUGCUGCUGCCCGCCCAGGACCUGUACCGCCGCGUCGUGCUGGUCUGCCACGCCUGGAGGACCAUCGUCCAGGACCCCAAGUUCGUCCCGUACAAGAAGCAGUACUACCGCUACAUGAUGGGGGAGAAGGACACGGUGGCCAAGAUGAAGUCCAUCCUGGAGGACGGGGGCGUUCUGGACCCCAGCCUGCCACAGGAGAGCGUCCGACGGCUCGUCUUGUUGAUGUCCCAGCAUGCAUCUGGUGAGCGGCUGAGGCCGGAGGACCUCAUGCGGUGCGUUGGGGGGCACCGCCUCUUCCCCGUGGCCCAGUCCUGCCUCGCCCGCCGCUUCCCCGAACUCAAGCAGCAGGACCCCCACCCCUACGCGGCCAUGGCCCUCGUGCUGGUGCUGAGCGAGGCGGUGACGGACGUCCAGGCCCUGGUGGACCUGCUGCUCGCCUCCAUGUCCCGCGGCGCCGUGGUGGAGUUCCUGAGCCACGCCGCCGCCCUCCUGCUGGCCGCCGCCAACAACGAGGUGAAGGUCAGCAGCAGGAUCCACUACAACAUCUUCUACGUCCUCUACCUGAUGCACAGCUCCUCCACCUCAAUCACCACAGGGCCCAACGGUGAGCGCUACCGGCUGACCCAUGAACAACAACAGAUUCUGAGCCACCGGAUCCAACCCGACCAGGUGGUCAAGAUCAUGGCCUUUGCUGGCACGGGGAAGACGUCCACGCUGGUGCGCUACGCGCAGCAGAACCCCCGGCUCCGCUGCCUCUACGUGGCGUUCAACAAGUCGGUGGCCACCGAGGCCCAGCGCCGUUUCCCCGGCAACGUGGACUGCAGGACGGUCCACUCCAUCGCCUACAGCGACGUCGGCAAGAGCUACCAACUGAGCAAGAAGCUGGUGCCCAACCUGAAGGUGUUCUCCGUGGCCAAGGUGCUCCCGGCGGGCCGGGGCGGCUUCAUCCACGGCAAGGUGGUCACCACCGCCCUCAACGCCUUCAUGGCCUCCGCCGACCGCCGCAUCGCCCCGCACCACGUGCCAAACACCUUCAAGAACACCAAGGGCCUCGCCCAGACCCUGGACGCCCAGGAAAAGGCGGAGUAUGUCCAGGACUGUGAGGAGAUCUGGAGGAAGAUGAAAGACCUCAACGAGAAGAGCAAGGAGGGCUUCCACAUGACCCACGAUGGUUACCUGAAGCUGUGGCAGCUCAAAGAGCCGAAGCCGUGCCUGUCGGACCGCUACGACGUCAUCUUCAUCGACGAGGCUCAGGACUGCACACCCGCCAUCAUGGACGUGCUUCUGUCCCAGCGCUGUGCCAAGGUCCUGGUGGGGGACCCCCACCAGCAGAUCUACACCUUCAGGGGGGCCGUGAACGCCCUGCGCACCGCCCCCCACACACACCUCUUCUACCUCACCCAGAGCUUCCGCUUCGGAGCGGAGAUCGCCUUCGUGGGGGCGACACUUCUGCAGGUCUGCAAGAAGGUCCAGAAGAUCCUGGUGGGAGGAAACCAGACGGGCAGCGUGUACGGGGAGGACUUUGACCCCGUGGCGUUGGUGCCACUCAGCACUAGCCCCGCCCCCCGCGGCGGCGGCGGCGGCGCGGCCAUCUUGUCCCGCUGUAACUUCGGCGUGUUCAACGAGGCGGUGCGACUCACCGACCGCAACCCCGCCUGCACGCUCUACUUUGUUGGCGGCGUGUCCGGGAUCGGGCUGAGCAAGAUCCUGGACAUCUGGACGCUGAAACAGCCGGAGCACAGCCGCACAGCCAACAUCAAGGACCCCUUCAUCCGGUCGUUCGGCAGCUACCACGGCCUGCAGGCGUACGCGCUGCAGUCGGAGGAUGGCGAGCUGGAGGCCAAGCUGGCCGUGGUUGAGAAGCACUCCCAACGCGUCCCUGAGCUGGUGGGCCGCCUACGGGCCUGUCACCGCGACGACGCCAGUCAGGCCGACUUCAUCUUGAGCACGGUCCACAAGGCGAAGGGUCUGGAGUUCAACACGGUGAUGGUGUGCGACGACUUCGCACGGAUCCCCUGCGCACGACACCACCUGACCCAGUUGUCGGGCUUCAACUGGUGGGACACCCCCCCGGAUGAGUGGAACCUGCUGUACGUGGCGGUGACGCGGGCCAGGAGCACACUGAUCCUGACCCGGAACAUCCGGAACAUUCUUACCCAGGCCGGGGAGUACUUCCUGAGGCCGCAGCUGCCCGGCCCGGCCCUGCCAGACGGCCUCCCCCCCCGCUGCUCCGUGGCCCAGUGUCUGCAUCGCGUCUCCGCCGACGCCGCCUUCACCAUGAGCAAGCGCCCCAUGAGAUUUAUGGACGGGUUGUCCCCUGGGGGCCCUCUGUGUGAGCGGUGUGUUUGGAAGCGCGUGGGCCCCGUAGCGUUCCUCAUGUCAGACGAGGCCCUGCCGGCCCCCGCCAACCCGGAACGCCAGGACCUGCCCAUCAACAUGAUGCUGCUGCUACACACACACACACACACACACACACAGCCAAUCACAACACACACAGACACAGCCACUCACAACGCACACAUAGCCAAUCACAACGCACACACACACACACAUAGCCAAUCACAACACACACACACACAGCCACUCGCAACACACACACACGCACUGUCACGACAUGCGCGUUUGUUUAUUUGCAAUCAGCGGAUUGGUUUUUCUUUGUUCCUUCCGCCGACCAUAAUUAGGUCAUUUUUUAUGUAUGGGGUGUGGAUACAGGUGAACUGUUGGAAGAACGUGUGUGUGUGUGUGUGUGUUCUACCUAUGCCCUAGAGACUGUUACCGGACCAAAU